UUUUUUUGGGGUUUUUUUGGUCCUGGACCAUUUUCCCCCUGGCUCCUUGAUCCUGACCUGCUUAAUUUGGAUUUUUUUGGGGUUUUUUUGGUCCUGGACCAUUUUCCCCCUGGCUCCCUGACCCUGACCUGGUUAAUUCGGAUUUUUUGGGUUUUUUUUGGUCCUGGACCAUUUUCCCCCGGCUCCCUGACCCUGCCCUGCCCAGUUUGGGUUUUCUGGACACCAAUCCCGGUUUUCCUCGCUGCCGCCAUGCCGGGCUGGUGGCUGCUGCUGGCGCUGCUGUGCCACCAGCUGUGUCCCCGCGUGGUGACAGCCAGCAGGAGGGACAGGGACAAGAAGGGCAGGAAGGAGCACCCGGAGCCCCUGAACGCCUCCCUGGCCAACAGCGAGGAGCAGCCCAAGCUGCUGGAGGCUGCGGACGCGCGGCUCACGGACCCGCGCAGGACCUGGAUCUCCUUCGUGCACCGCCCGGACGACGGGAAGAGCUCCAAGAGGAGAUGCAAAGGGAAGGACAAGAAAUUGCGAGGCCUGGUGGGGCCUCCGGGGCCUCCCGGGCCUCAGGGGCCUCCGGGAGCUCCUGGGGCUGAAGUCACCAGGGAAGUUCUUCUGCAGGAGUUCAAGGAGAUCCUAAAAGAAGCCAUGGAGCACAGGGCCUCCCUGGCCGUCCCAGCCCACCCCAGCCCGCUGCCCCCGCUGCUGCUGUCCCUGGAGGAGGUCCCGUCGCGCCGGCGGCUGCAGGAGGCGUUCCACUGCAAGCUCAAGGGCCAGGUGCCGGUGGACAAGAAGACCCUGGUGGAGCUCCAGAACUUCCAGUCGCCCGCGGCCAAGGGCGCGUUCCUGCGGGGCACGGGGCUGAACCUGGCCACCGGCCGCUUCACCGCCCCCGUGGGCGGCAUCUACCAGUUCUCAGCCAACGUCCACAUCGACCACAGCGAGCUGAAGAGCAAAGCGCAGCUGCGCGCGCGGGACAGCGUGCGGGUGCUGAUCUGCAUCGAGUCCCUGUGCCACAGGCACACCUCCUUGGAAGUCAUUGCUGGCCUGGAGAGCAACAGCAAAGUCUUCACAGUCUGUGUCCAUGGCUUGCUGCAGCUGCAGGCUGGGCAGUACACCUCCAUCUUCGUGGACAACGGCGCCGGAGCUGCCGUCACCGUCCUGCAGGGCUCCGACUUCAUGGGCAUGCUGCUGGGAGCCUAGCGGCGAGGGCGGCCAUCCCAAAAUUCCCAAAUUCCCGAUUUCCCGCCUUUCAGACUGAAAAACCCACCCCCGCUUUGACGUGCAACCGCUCCCCGUACCCGCGGGAUUUCAAACCACCCCCAGCUCCUCCAGCUUUGCUUCCAGAAGCCGCUGCUGGUUUUUGAGGUCCUCACCAGCUCGUUCUUCGUCAGAAUUCCGCUUUUUAUCUUCUUUUUAUCCAAAAAAACCCCUCGGAAUAUUUAAUGUGCGCUUCACCGGGCGCUCACGGAGCAGCACGCUGGCAUUUGGGGCUCGCUGUGAUUUGAUUCUUUCACCGUCGCACUUGUCACCAGCACGGGUUUGGGGUUUUUUUUUAGGGAUGGAUUUGGGGGUUUUUCUUUUGGGGUUGGAAAUGAAGGAUUGAGUCGGGAAAUGUCAGAAAUAAAUCGGUGACUCUUUUCUGUCUGGUGGGGAGGAAAGGGGGCAAGGAUUUUCCAGCAGAAUUGCUUUUUCCAGGGGGUUGGAAAUGGGUUGGAUCCUCUCCCGGGUGUAUUUGACCAGGAAAAGGUUGAAUUUUUCCACAAUCCAAGGAAUCCAAGGCUUGAACUC